UUUCAUAUUAUAUAACACAUUCGAGUAAAUGUGCAUAGCGCAUUCAUUAAAAAUAAGAAUUUAUAAAAAUGAAAACUGUUUUGCUGUUGUUAAUUUUUACUACUAGCAUGGUUACAUUAGAUUUGAUUAGCGGAGCAAAGCAGCAAUACGAUUAUACAAUUACAUUAAAAACUGGACGGGGAUUAGGAGCUGGAACAGACUCAGUAUUUAAUCUGACCUUCGUUGGAUUCGAAAAAAACGUCACGUAUUUUUUGGAUGGCGAAGGUUCUAAUCUAGAAGCUGGAAGCUUAGAUGUAUUUAACUUUACUGAUGACAUUUUGGUUUAUCCCAUAAACAAAAUGAUCCUGCAACGAAUUCAGAAAAAAGGAUGGGACACCAAAUGGUAUUUAAAUUGGCUUAUCGUCGAUGUGUUAGACACUGGAUACAUUUUCUCAGUGAAUAAGUGGAUUCGUGAUGACAAUGCCCAAGUUUUUACAAGUUUCUUAAAUAAUUGCAAGGAUGGUUUUGUCAGAUAUCAAGAAUGCAGAAUGUUAUGAUUCAUAAAGACGUUCAUGCUUUUUUUAAUGAUGGAGAUUAGCCUUUAUUUUUUUAAAUGAAUAAUCAAAUCAAGGAUAUGUAACGAUAGCCAAGUAACAAUCAUAUUGGAAAACUAGCAAUAGUUUUAAAUAACUAAAAAGAGAUAUAAAAAUGGAUAAACAAUACCAGUCUAAUCUGCAAAUAAUUUGACAAAACUUUAAAUCAUUUUAAUAUAAAAAAUUUCAUUUUUUAGGGGAUUGGGGGGAAUUAAAGAGAUGUCUAAAACACCAUUUUCUACUUCAUCUUGGAGUUAAAUUUUAUUCAAACGCAACUUUUAAUUUAAGUUAAUAUUUAAUUUAGUCUGCAGUAUAAAAUAUUACUAUAGAAUAUAAUAUAAUUUUAUUAAUUACCAGCUCAGGCUGGUAAAGUCAAUGUGGAUAUUAAUUUUAUUGAAUAAAUCAAAAUGUUUUUUUCCA